AUGAAUGUAUCAAGCGCACGUGUCCAUAUUCUUUUCCUUUCGAGACAACACUCUUACAAGAGAAAACGAAGCACGAGAGUAUCUGAAUUAUCAACGACUACUCAUUUAGCUAGUAAAGACUCUGAAGAAGCAUCGCUUCAGAAUCCAGAUACUCGAUCCGAUUUACCAAGUGCCGUUUCACUCCAUGAACGCAAUACACGAGUAAAUACACAGCCAAACAUAUUUCGAAAGCCGUAUGUAUUCAAACGGAAACUUAACUCACGAUCGUGUGGAAAUCCUUUAUCAACUAAAGAUCAACAACAACAAGAUAAUCGUUACAAAUGUAUGAAACCUACUGCACAACAAUCGGAGGAUUUUGGUGUCGCUUUUGGAACAGCUUGGAAGGCUGCAUUUCACUGA